CUCAACACCGGAAUCCCGGCUGAACAGUCCGUUUCACAGGCCAUGCGGUACCGCCAUACAACCCUGACGUCGUCGAGAUGUCCAGCACCGGCCGCCUUUCUCAGCUCCGUAGCGCUUUAGCAUCGUCCGGCAUUUCUCCCACGGGCCAGAUGCAACGAAAAGACAUCGAAAAGGUGACAUUCCCCGAAAUCGAGCAGCCCGAAGUGCUCAUGGCCGGCAUCGACACACGCGGUGGCGAAGAUGCAUGGAAAAACCUCCUUGACGCGGAACGAGAGCGCGUGACGAAGCUCUUGAUCGAUAAGGCCGACAGCGACCUUCGUCUGAGCAGACUAGAAGAAGAACUCCAACAUCAAGCGAUUCAGAACGCCGAGGCAAAGGCAAAGAGGGACGAGGAGGCCCGCGAGACAUUGCGAAAUGUGCCCAUCAGCAAUGCGCCUUAUCAUCCAUUGAACGCAGUGCAACGAGACAAAUCCAGUGUUUCACCCAUAAAGCGAAAGCCAGCCCACCCGUCCGGCAGCCGCCCCAAUCCCGCAUCGGAUGCUAAAGGGAAGAAACCCGCCGGUCCGGCGCGAUCGUUCUCCGCGGCCGCUGUAGGCGCGGAUAGGAUACGUCAGCUUCUGCGAUUUGUGGGGCGGAAGAAGGACGGCUCGGGAACUAGUCCGAACCUGGAUCCCACGUCGCGCAAGUCGAGCUAUGCGACGGCGUACGACGGCCCACCGGGUGGUCGGAUCUUCAGUUCUGCAUCUCGGCUUGCGGAGCCGCCGAUGCGCGGCCAUGGGCCCCUUCCACAGCCGCCAGUGCAAACAAGGCAAGCGCCUGCCGUAAGCGAGAAUGUGCACUUCGAAGCAACUCUGCAGGUACCGAAACCCGCAUCGUUGGGUCCUUCACAAGCAUCGCUUGCGCCUUCUCAAAGGUCAGUGGUAGAGCAUGCCAGUGAAGACGAGCAUAUCUCCCGACAAUUGCUCGCGGAACUGAAGCUGGAGGACUACGAUGUCAUUCAAUCGCCGGAGAGAGACAUGACCGAGAUGUUGCCGAUCGCCACUCCUGAUGCAGAUCUCCCUACGCGCAUGGACGACAUUUACACCCAAAUUCGAGCCUUGAUGCUUUCUCAAGAUGCGCUGCGAACGCAGAAGGCGAAUGAUAUGAGGGAAGCUCUUACGACCAUUCUCGAAAGCUACAAUCUUCGCAUUGGGGGUGUAGAGGACAAUGUAGGACACUGGACCAAGGCGAAGCUGGAGGAUGCUCGGAAUCGGCUGACGGAUGCGUUGGAGCGGGUUGAGAGGGAGGAGAAGAGAAAGCUCGACGAGGAGCGGUUGGCGCGAGGCACCGACAAGUUGCGUGAGCAAAUGUACCAGAGGGAAAAAUCCCGACGGGAGCAGCGCGAGCAGGAGGCCGAUCGUAGACGAGCUGAACAGCGCGCCUUCGAGAAGCAUUUCCGCCAGAUGGUGGAGGAAGAGGAAAGGCAAGCUGAGAAAGUCAGGAAGGACUCGUAUUUUGUCCCGCGGGAUGCUUCGUACACAGCAGGUCGGCUGAGCAAGGAUGACGACCCGGAUGCGCGUGGACCGAAAGAUGCAUCGAGAAGAAAGAAAGGAGAAAAAAAUCAGGCUCGGGAUGCGGAGUCCACCUCCAAGUCCAAGGAUAAAGGAAAAGGACGAGCAGAUGCGCACCGGUCUCCGCCGCCCGCCGGACGCAUUACGGAGUGGGUGGAAGAGCAGCGUCGGAUGUCGCAAAGCAGUGCCUCGGGAUCAGGCGAAGCGAGUGGAGCACAUGCAGGUCACCCUGAUGAAGGAGUUGCUGGGCUGGCCGGUCCGAGCACAAGCUACCACAAGGCACAGAUACGAGCCCGCGUAGAAGGUGUUCGUGACCGCGGCGAUACUUCCAACUACGAGCGAAUCGCGUCUGCGGCUGCGGCUGCUGCCGCUGCAGGCGUUUCUGUGGCAUUUCGAAUGGGCGAUGAAACGGAUGACGGCUAUGCUAAAGGCGGGACCAAAUCGCAACAGCCAGCGCAACCAGGUCGUGGCAUUUCUAGACGUGAUCCAGUGGGCAACGUCAGCUUCGAUUUGCAGCCGGCUCAUGCAGAGCAAAGCGCAGUGCCACCACAACAUUCUAUCCGGCGCAAACCUUCAACCAGCUUUCCGAUGCCGCACCAUCCAAUCCAACACCCUCACCCGAUCGAAGCAGCCUAUGCCGACCUCCAAGAUCCCUACGAGUAUCAUGCUUAUGAGGAUGGACACGGCCCAGCUACUGCGGCAGAGCCUUUCCCCCGGUACAGCGGGCACGGUCGUGAGUCCGACCGUCGUAGGAAAGGUACGAAUGAGACACAGAGAAUGUAUAAAUGUCUAGCAUACCCCGACUAAGUCUCUUCUCUCCUGUUUGCAGCGCAUGACCCCAGGGGUGACCUGGGAGGAUUCAAGCUGGAGAACGACGAAGUAGCAAAGGAUUUCGUCACUGAUCGAGUCGCUUCUUUCGAAAGAACUCGGAAAGGCCCCGGUUGAGGAUUGUCCCGUGAGUACUAAUGGAUCCUCUGUAUUAUGUAUACUCCAUAUCCCAUAUCCUUAUCCUCAAUCAGUCAUAAUUAUCGUUAUCCUCAAACCCCCAAUAUGCCAUGAUCUAAUAUCUUAUAUCUCUCGUAUAAUAAUCAUCAUAAAUUUUUGCGCUUCACCCUCACGAGUGUACACCAGGGUCCUAACGACGACACCGGAGAGGCACCACUAAAGGGGCAAUGC